UCAAAAGCGUACGGAGUUUCCAGGAGGGCGGUCGUGUUACAAUCAUAAAGAAAGAAAGAAAGAGAGAGAGAGAGAAAGAAAGAGAGAGAGAGAAAGAAAGAGAGAGAGAGAGAGAACCUUUCUUCCCCCACGGUUAAUAUAAAAAUUUCUCGAUACGUACGGGUCCUGGAUUUCAACGCGCAUCACAAGAGAAACCUUAUUCAUUGUAUAGAAUAAUGGCGCGUCGUGUGAUUUGACAGUGCAGGAACACUUGAAUGGGAAAAGUGCCUCGAUAUUUUGUGAAAAUAUCCGGAUUUUGAAUAGUGGAGAGAGAUAGAAGAAAUUAAUUCUUCACGAUACGAAAAGGGACUGACGAAAAGGACGAAAAGGACGAAAACGAAGACGAAGACGACAAAGUGCGAGAGAGAAAAAGAGAAAGAGAGAAAAAGAAAAUAGAAAAAGAGGAAGAAAGAACAGAAGAGAUAGCUCGUGGACGAGCUCGAAGAAAUGACGGGGGAGGAGGGAAAGGGUGGCGGUGGCGCCGGUGGGAAUACGAACGUUAACGCGACUGACAAUGUGAAUAAUGUUAAUGCUAACAUCAAUACGAAUGUCAAUGUCAAUAUUAAUGCAAACACGAACGUCGUUCACCAAAAUGGCGGAACGGAGAAGGCGCCGGUCGUCGGUGGUACUAACGUUGAGACAUUGCCGCGCGCUGGAAAACAGAGUGAUCCAAGCACGUCAUUUUUGAGAGCAGCUCGCGCGGGUCAGCUCGAGAAGGUUUUGGAGUAUCUUGAAUCGGGCGUGGACAUAAAUGCAUCAAAUGCUAAUGGACUGAAUGCUUUGCACCUGGCAGCUAAGGAUGGCCACUUGGAAAUUGUACGAGAACUUCUUAGUCGUGGCGCAGUAGUCGAUGCUGCUACUAAAAAGGGAAACACCGCAUUGCACAUUGCUUCUCUUGCUGGACAAGAGGAGGUUGUACAAUUGCUCGUCCAACAAGGUGCUUCUGUGAACGCACAGUCACAAAAUGGGUUCACACCGCUCUAUAUGGCUGCUCAGGAGAAUCACGACUCUGUGGUCAAGUACCUCCUCAGUAAGGGUGCCAACCAAACCCUCACUACAGAGGACGGAUUCACUCCAUUGGCGGUGGCCAUGCAACAGGGUCAUGAUAAAGUAGUAGCCGUUCUAUUGGAAAAUGAUACUCGCGGUAAAGUUCGAUUACCUGCCCUCCACAUCGCUGCUAAGAAGGAUGAUUGUAAUGCGGCUGCCCUACUUUUGCAAAAUGAUCAUAAUCCGGACGUAACUUCGAAAAGCGGUUUCACACCACUUCACAUAGCCGCACAUUAUGGCAACGAUCGAAUUGCUUCCUUACUUUAUGAUAGAGGUGCGGAUGUAAAUUUUGCUGCUAAACACAAUAUUACGCCGAUUCAUGUAGCUGCAAAAUGGGGAAAAAUUAAAAUGGUAAAUCUUCUUAUGAGUAAAGGAGCAAAUAUCGAAGCAAAAACGAGAGAUGGCCUUACUCCUCUUCAUUGUGCAGCAAGAUCAGGUCAUCAUGAGGUUGUUGACAUACUUAUUGAAAGAGGAGCACCUAUUGGCUCUAAAACAAAGAAUGGUCUUGCACCAUUACACAUGGCUGCUCAAGGGGAUCAUGUAGAUGCCGCAAGGGUUCUACUUUAUCAUCGUGCACCUGUGGAUGAAGUAACAGUGGACUAUUUGACAGCAUUGCAUGUGGCAGCUCAUUGUGGUCACGUAAGGGUGGCCAAACUUUUACUCGAUAGAAAUGCAGAUCCUAAUGCACGCGCACUCAAUGGUUUCACACCUCUACACAUUGCGUGUAAGAAGAACAGAAUUAAAGUAGUUGAACUUCUCUUAAAACACAAAGCUAGUAUCGAAGCUACUACGGAGUCCGGAUUAACUCCGCUGCAUGUAGCAAGUUUUAUGGGAUGUAUGAACAUCGUCAUUUACUUGCUGCAACACGAAGCUAGUCCAGACAUACCGACAGUAAGAGGCGAGACGCCGUUACAUUUAGCUGCUAGAGCAAACCAGACUGAUAUUAUCAGAAUACUUCUUAGGAACGGUGCUCAAGUUGACGCUAGAGCAAGAGAGGAGCAAACACCGCUUCACGUUGCUUCCCGCUUAGGCAAUGUUGACAUUGUAAUGUUGCUAUUACAACACGGUGCUGGAGUUGAUGCCACAACGAAAGAUUUAUAUACUCCACUUCAUAUCGCGGCUAAGGAAGGUCAAGAAGAGGUUGCUUCAGUUUUAUUAGAAAAUGGGGCAUCACUUACUGCUACGACUAAAAAGGGUUUUACACCUUUACAUUUGGCAGCUAAAUACGGCAAUAUGAAUGUAGCGAGGUUGUUACUACAGAAAAAUGCACCAGUUGAUGCUCAAGGAAAGAACGGAGUAACUCCUCUUCAUGUAGCAUCGCAUUAUGACCAUCAGAAUGUAGCAUUACUUCUAUUAGAUAAGGGUGCUUCGCCACAUGCUAUGGCUAAAAAUGGCCACACGCCUUUACAUAUUGCAGCACGAAAAAAUCAGAUGGACAUUGCAACCACAUUAUUGGAAUAUGGUGCAAAAGCGAAUGCAGAAUCAAAAGCAGGAUUUACACCACUACAUUUAAGUGCACAAGAAGGACAUACUGAUAUGUCAACUUUGCUUAUCGAACACAAGGCAGACACAAAUCAUAAAGCGAAGAAUGGUCUUACGCCGUUACACUUAUGCGCACAAGAGGAUAAAGUCAAUGUUGCUUCUAUUCUCGUAAAGAAUGGUGCACAGAUUGAUGUUAAAACAAAGGCUGGUUACACACCAUUGCACGUUGCAGCUCAUUUUGGUCAGGCAGCAAUGGUACGAUUCCUUUUGCGCUCUGGUGCAACUGUUGAUAACAAUACCAAUGCUGGUUAUACGCCGUUACAUCAAGCUGCACAGCAGGGCCACACGCUGGUUAUUAAUUUACUGUUAGAAAGUAAAGCUAAGCCAAAUGCUGUAACCAAUAAUGGACAAACUGCUUUGGAUAUUGCACAAAAACUUGGUUAUAUCAGUGUUAUCGAAACUCUAAAGGUUGUAACAGAAACUAUUAUUACCACGACACAUACUAUCACUAUUGAAGAGAAAUAUAGAGUACAAGCACCUGAAUCUAUGCAAGAAACAUUCAUGAGCGACAGUGAAGAUGAAGGUGGUGGUGAUGAAAUCGGCAUAGCAGCUAUGAAUGUGUACGGGCAGCCUCCACACGCGCAACACGUGUAUCUUCCUUCUUACUACCAGGGCCAAAUGACCUAUACCCGUGAAGAUCCAAUGCUCAGCGACCAACAUCAAUACCGUUACAUGACUGUUGAUGAUAUGAAAUCUAUGGGAGACGAUUCCAUGCGUGUCAAUGUGACGGAUGAUGAGAGAGAUAAUCGACAUGCUGGAGCUCCUACAAUAACAGAAAUGAUCACCAAGGAAAAUUGUCAACGUUCAAAUGCCGCAAUUCUCAAGCCGGACAAUAUAGAUAUCAAUAGGCAUCCAGUUCACGUUGGUGCCUCUAUAGAGUUCCUAAUUACAUCGCUGGCUGUUCUCGGUACUGUGUCAAAAGGACAAGGAAUGUGGAGGGACAGCUUCCUGGUUUCUUUCCUGGUCGACGCACGGGGUGGUGCGAUGCGGGGAUGUAGACACAGUGGAGUUCGGGUUAUCGUGCCUCCUCGUAAAGCGGCGAUGCCGAUGCGAGUAACUUGCAGGUACCUAAGGAGAGAUAAAUUGACCAAUCCGCCUCCUUUAAUGGAAGGCGAGGCUUUAGCUAGUCGUAUUUUGGAACUUGGACCAGUCGGUGCUAAAUUUUUAGGACCCGUUAUCAUAGAGGUGCCACAUUUUGCAUCAUUAAGAGGAAAGGAACGAGAAAUAGUUAUCUUACGUUCCGAUAAUGGAGAAACUUGGCGCGAACAUACCCUAGAGGCUAGCGAGGAAGCUGUACAGGAUGUUCUUAAUGAGAGCUUUGAAGGAGAAGAAUUAAGCCAGCUAGAAGAUCUCCAAACGUCACGCAUCGUAAGGAUACUUACCGCAGAUUUUCCACAUUAUUUCGCGGUUGUCUCUCGCAUAAGGCAAGAAGUACAUGCAGUUGGACCGGAAGGUGGUACUGUAUCUUCAUCAGCCGUUCCUCAGGUUCAAGCUGUCUUUCCACCUGCAGCUUUGACCAAAAAGAUUAGAGUUGGCUUACAGGCCCAUCCUAUACCAGCUGAAUUAGUAGCAAAACUACUAGGUAAUCGAGUCGCAGUAUCGCCCAUAGUUACGGUAGAACCACGACGGCGAAAGUUCCAUAAGCCCAUAACUUUGACUAUACCGGUACCACAAGCAGCUAAUAAAGGCAUGAUUAACCAGUACUCGGGGGAUGCACCGACUUUAAGGCUCCUGUGCAGCAUAACUGGGGGUCAGUCUCGGGCAGUCUGGGAGGAUGUCACAGGUUCUACACCAUUAACUUUCGUCAAGGAUUGUGUCUCUUUCACUACCACGGUAUCUGCUCGUUUUUGGCUAAUGGACUGUCGAAAUAUUUCGGAAGCGACAAAAAUGGCAACAGAAUUAUAUACCCACGCUACCCAUGUACCAUUUAUGGCUAAAUUUGUAGUCUUUGCGAAACGUAUAGAUCCUUUGGAGGCCAGGAUACGUGUAUUUUGUAUGACUGAUGAUAAAGAGGAUAAAACUCUUGAACAUCAAGAGCAUUUUACAGAAGUUGCGAAGAGUAGAGAUGUUGAAGUGUUAGAAGGUAAAACUCAAUACAUGGAAUUUACGGGUAAUCUUGUACCAGUAUUAAAAAGCGGCGAACAGCUUCAAUUACCAUUCAGAGCGUUUAAAGAAAAUAGAGUACCGUUUACUGCGCGGAUAAAAGAUCCAGAUGCAGCAGAUAUGAUGGGUCGAAUAAUGUUUAUGAGUGAACCUAAGGUUCCUAAAGGCGAGGUGCCACAAACACCGAUAUGUACAUUGAAUAUUUUGUUACCUGAAAAGAUUUCUCCUGAGCCUGCUGUUUCAGAAUUGGAUUUACUUGAAUUAUCAAAAAAUUACAGUUUUCUACGCGAUGGUGGAAUCAGUCGACCAGAUGCUAUACAUAGAGCAACUAUACGUUUAAGGGAUAUAGCGAAUUUACUAGGCAAGGACUGGGAAAAAUUAGCAGAAGAACUUAACAUUGCUUCCAACGAUGUCUCUUUGAUAAAACAGGAAUAUCCUGAUAAACCAGCUCAACAAGCGGCAGCAAUGUUCAAAGUCUGGCAAAGUAAUGGAAAUAAAGCAACGGGUAAUACCUUAGAAAAGGCGCUCAAUAAAAUUGGCCGAGAAGAUAUUGUAAACAAAUGUAUAUUUAACGUAGAACUUGUCACUGAUGAUGUCGAAAAAGCAGUUGCAAGAGUUCAGUUAGAUCAACCAGGUUUUGACUCCUUGAAAGAGGAGUUAGGACCUUCAAGGGACACAUCUCUUCGACGCGAUGCAACUAUGGAUCCAAAAAUGGACCCUGAUUAUGAAGAACCAGAUAGAAUGAAGGAAUCUGAAUCCAUAGAAGAGCUUAGUAACAUCAGUCGUUUGCAGGAUAAACGAUCUAAGCAGCAUGUCACAAUCGCAAAUGGCACUGUAUUCAACGGAACCUCGACCCCUGUCAAAGAUAAAUAUGCAAGUGAUGAGAAAGAAUUGGGAGAUAUGAUGGCUGAUUUCAUUGAACAUAAAUGUCACGUUACCGACACGAUGAGCAAAAAGUCACGCGACGAGCUUGAUGACGAAGAAAAAAAGCGGCAAAGAGUGAUUGCUGACGCUAAUAAAAUUGUUUCUGGUGUAAUAGCAGAGGCAGAGAAAGAAAAGGAGAAGUUAGCGAAGGAAGGGUGGUCGGUGUUUUAUGAUGAUAUGCGGGACAGUGAGAAGGUGAGAGGUGCUGUAGGGCAAACUUCAUUUGAUAAAGAGAUAGUUAGAAGUUCAGAUCAAUUCAGGGAUGCGGAAUUAGGUAUAAUUCUACAACCAAAAGUUAGAGAUGAUGUAGAACCUCUUAUAAUUAAACAAGAACGAGCAUAUGGUAGGAAAAAGGAUUCAAAAAAACAAAUUUCUUUCCCAAAACAAGCAGGAAUUUUAAAGAAGGAUUUAAUAGUAGAAAAACCAGUUGUUAGAGAGAUUACGAUUAUAAAAGAUAUUAAACCCACAGUAGUUAUAACAUCCACAGAGUCUUCUACUUUACCUCAUGCUAAAGUAGAAGUUAGUGAAAAAGAGAAGAUGUAUAAAGAAGGUAAAGAAGUAGAUGAGAAGUUGUUACAAGAUGAUGGACCAUGUCAAUCUAUAAAAGAUACUGAUAAAAAGAUUAAAAUGACAGAAAUAAAAACGAAUAUUGGAACGGAUGUUCCAACGAAAAGCGAAGUAGAACAAGAUGUAACAUCUAUUAUCGAUAAGCGUCUUUCUGCGUAUAAAGAUGUAUAUGAUGCUCAAAAUCCCGCAAAGAAUCUUGACGAAGAAACAACUGAUACAUCAAAAAAGGUAAAAGAUAAAAGCAGUGGUAUAUUUUCAAGUAUUUUUAAAGGCCCUAAAUUAAAGAAGGAUAAAUCUAAAGAUUCAAAAGAGACAUCUUUCGAUAGUGGAGAUGAAGAGAGUAAAACUCCUUCGCUUUCCGAUAUAGUAUCAAAACCUAUAAGUAUAUCUCAUGAUAAAGAUCCUUCAUUACAAAAAGAUUCAGAAACUGGUCUAUCUGAUAUUAAACUUACAACUAUAAAUUUAUUGGAGGAUGCUAAGAAUACUGCUGCUCUCUUACAUGCACCAACAGAAUCUAAUGAAAUAAAUGGAUCAGUAACAAUUUCUGUAGAAGAUAAAAAGGAUAGAUCAUCGACCGAAGCUCAUACUAAGCCUCAAAUAGUAUCAGAAGUAAAAGAAAAAAUUACGAUCGUAGGAAUUAAAAAAGAACAUAUUAAUGGAACAACAACGAUCAAACCAAACCAGACAAUAGAUUCUCUUGAUGGUACAGACAAAAAUAUAGAGCAACAAGAUAAUCAGAAACUUGAAAUAAUGUCAAAGAGUAGUCCAACUAAACAAGACAAUGUUCAAAAAUCUGACUUAAAAGAAUCAUUAAAGAAAGAAGAUAAAGAUGAUAGUGAUACAGGUACACCUGGUAAAGAACGUGGUGGUUUAUUCGGAAUAUUUAAAAGUCCAAAAUCGAAAGAAAAAAAAACGAGUAAAAUAAAAGAUUCAUAUUUAGAUUAUAGCGAUGAAGAACUUAAAUCUACCACAGAAAAAUUCCUUGAAGAAACACGUAAAGUUGCCAACGAAGAUGUAAUUCAUGUAGGUUACAAGACAGAGGAUACAAAAUCUCUUGCUACAAGUCCAGUAACUACGUUUAGUGCUGCUACUUACGAUAGCUCUGAUGUACCAAUAGAUAAAGUUAGUAAGCAUUCAUAUGAUGUAACGGAUAAAUAUAAAUUGGAAUCAACUCCACUAGCGGAUAAGAAAUCUGAUAAAGACACUACAGAAGAGAGUAAGGAGAAGGGUAACUUCUUUGGGAUAUUCAAAAGUCCUAAACUAAAAUCUAAGAAAGGGACAAGAGAUCGUAGUACUUCGAAGGAGAGAUCAUUUGAUAGCGCAGAUGAAGAUUCCUAUAAUGCAGAUGUAAAAUAUACUGAACAUUCAAGUAAAUCAUCGAUUCAAAAAGAAGAAGAAAACCAGGAAUCAGGAUCAGGAGAUGAAGGGAUUAAAGAAAAAAGCGGUGGACUUUUCGGAAUGUUUAGAAGUCCCAGAUUGCAACGUAGUUCUCGAAGUAAAUCUAAAGAAAAAAGUUUACCUCCUGAAAUACCACAAAAUAAUUUUAAAGAAACAACAGCCGCAUUCCUAGAGGAUACGCGCAAUACUGCCGAAUUGAUCAGCAGUUAUCAACAAUCACCUAUAAUUUCACCACGAACUCAAGAAAAUGCGUUUAAAGAAAAAACUCCACCUACAAAAAAAGCAUCUAUUGAUAAAACUGAUACUGCAUCUCAAAGAGUUGUAAACGGUGUAAAAGAUAUGAAAGAUGCUGUAGCAAAAGAACUGAAAGAAGAUAUUAAAACUGUAAAAACAGCACUCACUGUUGAUAAUGGUACUGUUGUGGAUGUUGCCCAAUCUGCAAAAGAUAAAGCUGUGAAAGAAACUAAAAAAGCAAAGGACAAAACAUCUGGAUUUUUCUCAGGUAUAUUCAAGGGAACUAAACAUACAGCUGAAGACAUUUGCGAUGAUGUUAAAGAUUUUGUAGUAGAAUCAAAAACUGAAGCUGCCAAAGAAGAAUCUCAUGCAAAAGAAGCAGCUUCACAAACUGUAAAAGCUACUAAUGACGCAAAAAAUAAACUUACUACUAGUGUUAAGGAUAUGAAAGAUAAGACAGUAGCAGAAAUGCAAGAUACUAAGGAGAAAAUAGCUGCUAAUAUUAAAGAUGGAAAAGAUAAAACAGUAACUAUAACGCAGGAUAUGAAGGAGAAAAUAGUAACUGUUGCUAAAGAUACAAAGGACAAAGUAGUAAUUGGAGCACAGGAUAUCACUGAGAAAACAGUAGCUGGUGUAAAAAAUGCAAAAGACAAAACAGUAGAAAAAGCCGAGGAUCAUACAAAUAAAGCAGUAGCUGGUGUAAAAGAUAUCAAAGAUAAAACUGUUUCAGCGGUUACAGACGUAAACGAGAAAAUUAUGCUUCAUAGCAAAAUAGCUGUUGAUAAAACAGAAACAAUAGCUCACGGAGUUGCAGAUAAUGUGAAAGAUGCAAAAGAUACUAUAGGAAGAGAAUUAAAAGAAGAUGCUGAAGUUGUAAAGGGGGCACUUACGGCAGGUACUACUACUGUUAUAGAUGAUGUCCAAUCAGUAAAAGAUAAAACUGCAAAAGAAACUAAAAAAACUAAAGAUAAAACAACGGGAUUUUUCUCAGGCAUAUUUAAAGGAGCUAAGCAUGCGGUAGAAGAUAUUUCUGAUGAAGUUAAAGGGUUCUUAGAAGAAACUAAAGUCGAAAUUGAAGAAGAAGAGGCACGUGUUAAAGAAACUGCUUCACGAGCUGCUAAAUCUGUUGAUGAUGUAAAGAAUAAGACUAUUCUUAAAGUUAAAGAUUUAAAAGAUAAAACAGCAAUAGAAGCGCAAGAAGCUAAGGAGAAAACUGUCGCUGAUGUUAAAAAUUCACAAGACAAAGUAAUAUGUGGAGCAAAAGACAUUGCAGAUAAAGCAUUGACUGAUGUAAAAGAUGUUAAAGAGAAAACAAUGGAAGGGACAGAAGAUAUCAUAGACAAAGCAAUAAUCAUAGUAAAAGAUACCAAAGAUAAAACUGAUACAGCAACGAUAAAGAUAGAAGAAAAAAUUUUAGAAGACGGGAAAAAAUCUGUUGAUAUAGUAGAAACUGUAGCACAUGGAGUUGUGGAGAAAGCGAAACAUACGAAGGAUGAUGUAACAGGGGAACUGAAAGAAGAUGCCGCACUUGUAAAGGAUACGCUUUCCACUAGUGUUGAUGCUGUUGCAGAUAGUAUGCAGUCAACGAAAGAUAAAGCUGACAAGGAAACUAAAAAAGCUAAAGACAAAACAUCUGGAUUUUUCACUGGUAUUUUUAAGGGUGCUAAGCAAACAGUUGACGAUGCUUCUGAAGAUGUAAAAGAAUUCUUGGAGAAAACAAAAACCGAAGCUGCUGAAGAAAAAGCACGUGCAAAGGAAGUUGCUUCAAGAGCUACUAAAUCUGCGGAUGAUGCAAAAGAUAAGACAAUUGCUGGAAUUAAAGAGCUGAAAGAUAAAACAGUAGCAGGAGCAGCAGAUGUAAAAGACAAAACAUUAGCUGGCAUGAAAGAUGCAAAACAUAAAACUGUUGUUGCAACGGAAGAUAUCAAAGAGAAAGUAGGAUUUGGCUUAAAAGAUGCUAAAGAUAAAGUAGUAAGUGAAGCACAUGAUAUUACACAUAAGGCAGUAAUUGGUGUAAAAGAUGCAAAAGAAAAAACAGUGGAAGGAGUAGAACAUGUCACGAAAAAAACAUUAGCUGACGUAAAGGACGUCAAAGAUAAAGCAGUUGAUAUAGGAGCAGCGGCAGGCGACAAAAUGAUUUCCGGUGGAAAAAAAUCUGUUGAUAUAGUAGAAACUGUAGCACAUGGAGUUGUGGAGAAAGCGAAACAUACGAAGGAUGAUGUAACAGGGGAACUGAAAGAAGAUGCCGCACUUGUAAAGGAUACGCUUUCCACUAGUGUUGAUGCUGUUGCAGAUAGUAUGCAGUCAACGAAAGAUAAAGCUGGCAAAGAAACUAAAAAGGCUAAAGACAAAACAUCUGGAUUUUUCACUGGUAUUUUUAAGGGUGCUAAGCAAACAGUUGACGAUGCUUCUGAAGAUGUAAAAGAAUUCUUGGAGAAAACAAAAACCGAAGCUGCUGAAGAAAAAGCACGUGCAAAGGAAGUUGCUUCAAGAGCUACUAAAUCUGCGGAUGAUGCAAAAGAUAAGACAAUUGCUGGAAUUAAAGAGCUGAAAGAUAAAACAGUAGCAGGAGCAGCAGAUGUAAAAGACAAAACAUUAGCUGGCAUGAAAGAUGCAAAACAUAAAACUGUUGUUGCAACGGAAGAUAUCAAAGAGAAAGUAGGAUUUGGCUUAAAAGAUGCUAAAGAUAAAGUAGUAAGUGAAGCACAUGAUAUUACACAUAAGGCAGUAAUUGGUGUAAAAGAUGCAAAAGAAAAAACAGUGGAAGGAGUAGAACAUGUCACGAAAAAAACAUUAGCUGACGUAAAGGACGUCAAAGAUAAAGCAGUUGAUAUAGGAGCAGCGGCAGGCGACAAAAUGAUUUCCGGUGGAAAAAAAUCUGUUGAUAUAGUAGAAACUGUAGCACAUGGAGUUGUGGAGAAAGCGAAACAUACGAAGGAUGAUGUAACAGGGGAACUGAAAGAAGAUGCCGCACUUGUAAAGGAUACGCUUUCCACUAGUGUUGAUGCUGUUGCAGAUAGUAUGCAGUCAACGAAAGAUAAAGCUGGCAAAGAAACUAAAAAGGCUAAAGACAAAACAUCUGGAUUUUUCACUGGUAUUUUUAAGGGUGCUAAGCAAACAGUUGACGAUGCUUCUGAAGAUGUAAAAGAAUUCUUGGAGAAAACAAAAACCGAAGCUGCUGAAGAAAAAGCACGUGCAAAGGAAGUUGCUUCAAGAGCUACUAAAUCUGCGGAUGAUGCAAAAGAUAAGACAAUUGCUGGAAUUAAAGAGCUGAAAGAUAAAACAGUAGCAGGAGCAGCAGAUGUAAAAGACAAAACAUUAGCUGGCAUGAAAGAUGCAAAACAUAAAACUGUUGUUGCAACGGAAGAUAUCAAAGAGAAAGUAGGAUUUGGCUUAAAAGAUGCUAAAGAUAAAGUAGUAAGUGAAGCACAUGAUAUUACACAUAAGGCAGUAAUUGGUGUAAAAGAUGCAAAAGAAAAAACAGUGGAAGGAGUAGAACAUGUCACGAAAAAAACAUUAGCUGACGUAAAGGACGUCAAAGAUAAAGCAGUUGAUAUAGGAGCAGCGGCAGGCGACAAAAUGAUUUCCGGUGGAAAAAAAUCUGUUGAUAUAGUAGAAACUGUAGCACAUGGAGUUGUGGAGAAAGCGAAACAUACGAAGGAUGAUGUAACAGGGGAACUGAAAGAAGAUGCCGCACUUGUAAAGGAUACGCUUUCCACUAGUGUUGAUGCUGUUGCAGAUAGUAUGCGGUCAACGAAAGAUAAAGCUGACAAGGAAACUAAAAAAGCUAAAGACAAAACAUCUGGAUUUUUCACUGGUAUUUUUAAGGGUGCUAAGCAAACAGUUGACGAUGCUUCUGAAGAUGUAAAAGAAUUCUUGGAGAAAACAAAAACCGAAGCUGCUGAAGAAAAAGCACGUGCAAAGGAAGUUGCUUCAAGAGCUACUAAAUCUGCGGAUGAUGCAAAAGAUAAGACAAUUGCUGGAAUUAAAGAGCUGAAAGAUAAAACAGUAGCAGGAGCAGCAGAUGUAAAAGACAAAACAUUAGCUGGCAUGAAAGAUGCAAAACAUAAAACUGUUGUUGCAACGGAAGAUAUCAAAGAGAAAGUAGGAUUUGGCUUAAAAGAUGCUAAAGAUAAAGUAGUAAGUGAAGCACAUGAUAUUACACAUAAGGCAGUAAUUGGUGUAAAAGAUGCAAAAGAAAAAACAGUGGAAGGAGUAGAACAUGUCACGAAAAAAACAUUAGCUGACGUAAAGGACGUCAAAGAUAAAGCAGUUGAUAUAGGAGCAGCGGCAGGCGACAAAAUGAUUUCCGGUGGAAAAAAAUCUGUUGAUAUAGUAGAAACUGUAGCACAUGGAGUUGUGGAGAAAGCGAAACAUACGAAGGAUGAUGUAACAGGGGAACUGAAAGAAGAUGCCGCACUUGUAAAGGAUACGCUUUCCACUAGUGUUGAUGCUGUUGCAGAUAGUAUGCAGUCAACGAAAGAUAAAGCUGACAAGGAAACUAAAAAAGCUAAAGACAAAACAUCUGGAUUUUUCACUGGUAUUUUUAAGGGUGCUAAGCAAACAGUUGACGAUGCUUCUGAAGAUGUAAAAGAAUUCUUGGAGAAAACAAAAACCGAAGCUGCUGAAGAAAAAGCACGUGCAAAGGAAGUUGCUUCAAGAGCUACUAAAUCUGCGGAUGAUGCAAAAGAUAAGACAAUUGCUGGAAUUAAAGAGCUGAAAGAUAAAACAGUAGCAGGAGCAGCAGAUGUAAAAGACAAAACAUUAGCUGGCAUGAAAGAUGCAAAACAUAAAACUGUUGUUGCAACGGAAGAUAUCAAAGAGAAAGUAGGAUUUGGCUUAAAAGAUGCUAAAGAUAAAGUAGUAAGUGAAGCACAUGAUAUUACACAUAAGGCAGUAAUUGGUGUAAAAGAUGCAAAAGAAAAAACAGUGGAAGGAGUAGAACAUGUCACGAAAAAAACAUUAGCUGACGUAAAGGACGUCAAAGAUAAAGCAGUUGAUAUAGGAGCAGCGGCAGGCGACAAAAUGAUUUCCGGUGGAAAAAAAUCUGUUGAUAUAGUAGAAACUGUAGCACAUGGAGUUGUGGAGAAAGCGAAACAUACGAAGGAUGAUGUAACAGGGGAACUGAAAGAAGAUGCCGCACUUGUAAAGGAUACGCUUUCCACUAGUGUUGAUGCUGUUGCAGAUAGUAUGCAGUCAACGAAAGAUAAAGCUGGCAAAGAAACUAAAAAGGCUAAAGACAAAACAUCUGGAUUUUUCACUGGUAUUUUUAAGGGUGCUAAGCAAACAGUUGACGAUGCUUCUGAAGAUGUAAAAGAAUUCUUGGAGAAAACAAAAACCGAAGCUGCUGAAGAAAAAGCACGUGCAAAGGAAGUUGCUUCAAGAGCUACUAAAUCUGCGGAUGAUGCAAAAGAUAAGACAAUUGCUGGAAUUAAAGAGCUGAAAGAUAAAACAGUAGCAGGAGCAGCAGAUGUAAAAGACAAAACAUUAGCUGGCAUGAAAGAUGCAAAACAUAAAACUGUUGUUGCAACGGAAGAUAUCAAAGAGAAAGUAGGAUUUGGCUUAAAAGAUGCUAAAGAUAAAGUAGUAAGUGAAGCACAUGAUAUUACACAUAAGGCAGUAAUUGGUGUAAAAGAUGCAAAAGAAAAAACAGUGGAAGGAGUAGAACAUGUCACGAAAAAAACAUUAGCUGACGUAAAGGACGUCAAAGAUAAAGCAGUUGAUAUAGGAGCAGCGGCAGGCGACAAAAUGAUUUCCGGUGGAAAAAAAUCUGUUGAUAUAGUAGAAACUGUAGCACAUGGAGUUGUGGAGAAAGCGAAACAUACGAAGGAUGAUGUAACAGGGGAACUGAAAGAAGAUGCCGCACUUGUAAAGGAUACGCUUUCCACUAGUGUUGAUGCUGUUGCAGAUAGUAUGCGGUCAACGAAAGAUAAAGCUGACAAGGAAACUAAAAAAGCUAAAGACAAAACAUCUGGAUUUUUCACUGGUAUUUUUAAGGGUGCUAAGCAAACAGUUGACGAUGCUUCUGAAGAUGUAAAAGAAUUCUUGGAGAAAACAAAAACCGAAGCUGCUGAAGAAAAAGCACGUGCAAAGGAAGUUGCUUCAAGAGCUACUAAAUCUGCGGAUGAUGCAAAAGAUAAGACAAUUGCUGGAAUUAAAGAGCUGAAAGAUAAAACAGUAGCAGGAGCAGCAGAUGUAAAAGACAAAACAUUAGCUGGCAUGAAAGAUGCAAAACAUAAAACUGUUGUUGCAACGGAAGAUAUCAAAGAGAAAGUAGGAUUUGGCUUAAAAGAUGCUAAAGAUAAAGUAGUAAGUGAAGCACAUGAUAUUACACAUAAGGCAGUAAUUGGUGUAAAAGAUGCAAAAGAAAAAACAGUGGAAGGAGUAGAACAUGUCACGAAAAAAACAUUAGCUGACGUAAAGGACGUCAAAGAUAAAGCAGUUGAUAUAGGAGCAGCGGCAGGCGACAAAAUGAUUUCCGGUGGAAAAAAAUCUGUUGAUAUAGUAGAAACUGUAGCACAUGGAGUUGUGGAGAAAGCGAAACAUACGAAGGAUGAUGUAACAGGGGAACUGAAAGAAGAUGCCGCACUUGUAAAGGAUACGCUUUCCACUAGUGUUGAUGCUGUUGCAGAUAGUAUGCAGUCAACGAAAGAUAAAGCUGACAAGGAAACUAAAAAAGCUAAAGACAAAACAUCUGGAUUUUUCACUGGUAUUUUUAAGGGUGCUAAGCAAACAGUUGACGAUGCUUCUGAAGAUGUAAAAGAAUUCUUGGAGAAAACAAAAACCGAAGCUGCUGAAGAAAAAGCACGUGCAAAGGAAGUUGCUUCAAGAGCUACUAAAUCUGCGGAUGAUGCAAAAGAUAAGACAAUUGCUGGAAUUAAAGAGCUGAAAGAUAAAACAGUAGCAGGAGCAGCAGAUGUAAAAGACAAAACAUUAGCUGGCAUGAAAGAUGCAAAACAUAAAACUGUUGUUGCAACGGAAGAUAUCAAAGAGAAAGUAGGAUUUGGCUUAAAAGAUGCUAAAGAUAAAGUAGUAAGUGAAGCACAUGAUAUUACACAUAAGGCAGUAAUUGGUGUAAAAGAUGCAAAAGAAAAAACAGUGGAAGGAGUAGAACAUGUCACGAAAAAAACAUUAGCUGACGUAAAGGACGUCAAAGAUAAAGCAGUUGAUAUAGGAGCAGCGGCAGGCGACAAAAUGAUUUCCGGUGGAAAAAAAUCUGUUGAUAUAGUAGAAACUGUAGCACAUGGAGUUGUGGAGAAAGCGAAACAUACGAAGGAUGAUGUAACAGGGGAACUGAAAGAAGAUGCCGCACUUGUAAAGGAUACGCUUUCCACUAGUGUUGAUGCUGUUGCAGAUAGUAUGCAGUCAACGAAAGAUAAAGCUGGCAAAGAAACUAAAAAGGCUAAAGACAAAACAUCUGGAUUUUUCACUGGUAUUUUUAAGGGUGCUAAGCAAACAGUUGACGAUGCUUCUGAAGAUGUAAAAGAAUUCUUGGAGAAAACAAAAACCGAAGCUGCUGAAGAAAAAGCACGUGCAAAGGAAGUUGCUUCAAGAGCUACUAAAUCUGCGGAUGAUGCAAAAGAUAAGACAAUUGCUGGAAUUAAAGAGCUGAAAGAUAAAACAGUAGCAGGAGCAGCAGAUGUAAAAGACAAAACAUUAGCUGGCAUGAAAGAUGCAAAACAUAAAACUGUUGUUGCAACGGAAGAUAUCAAAGAGAAAGUAGGAUUUGGCUUAAAAGAUGCUAAAGAUAAAGUAGUAAGUGAAGCACAUGAUAUUACACAUAAGGCAGUAAUUGGUGUAAAAGAUGCAAAAGAAAAAACAGUGGAAGGAGUAGAACAUGUCACGAAAAAAACAUUAGCUGACGUAAAGGACGUCAAAGAUAAAGCAGUUGAUAUAGGAGCAGCGGCAGGCGACAAAAUGAUUUCCGGUGGAAAAAAAUCUGUUGAUAUAGUAGAAACUGUAGCACAUGGAGUUGUGGAGAAAGCGAAACAUACGAAGGAUGAUGUAACAGGGGAACUGAAAGAAGAUGCCGCACUUGUAAAGGAUACGCUUUCCACUAGUGUUGAUGCUGUUGCAGAUAGUAUGCAGUCAACGAAAGAUAAAGCUGGCAAAGAAACUAAAAAGGCUAAAGACAAAACAUCUGGAUUUUUCACUGGUAUUUUUAAGGGUGCUAAGCAAACAGUUGACGAUGCUUCUGAAGAUGUAAAAGAAUUCUUGGAGAAAACAAAAACCGAAGCUGCUGAAGAAAAAGCACGUGCAAAGGAAGUUGCUUCAAGAGCUACUAAAUCUGCGGAUGAUGCAAAAGAUAAGACAAUUGCUGGAAUUAAAGAGCUGAAAGAUAAAACAGUAGCAGGAGCAGCAGAUGUAAAAGACAAAACAUUAGCUGGCAUGAAAGAUGCAAAACAUAAAACUGUUGUUGCAACGGAAGAUAUCAAAGAGAAAGUAGGAUUUGGCUUAAAAGAUGCUAAAGAUAAAGUAGUAAGUGAAGCACAUGAUAUUACACAUAAGGCAGUAAUUGGUGUAAAAGAUGCAAAAGAAAAAACAGUGGAAGGAGUAGAACAUGUCACGAAAAAAACAUUAGCUGACGUAAAGGACGUCAAAGAUAAAGCAGUUGAUAUAGGAGCAGCGGCAGGCGACAAAAUGAUUUCCGGUGGAAAAAAAUCUGUUGAUAUAGUAGAAACUGUAGCACAUGGAGUUGUGGAGAAAGCGAAACAUACGAAGGAUGAUGUAACAGGGGAACUGAAAGAAGAUGCCGCACUUGUAAAGGAUACGCUUUCCACUAGUGUUGAUGCUGUUGCAGAUAGUAUGCAGUCAACGAAAGAUAAAGCUGACAAGGAAACUAAAAAAGCUAAAGAUAAAACAUCUGGAUUUUUCACUGGUAUUUUUAAGGGUGCUAAACAUACAGUUGAUGAUAUUUCUGAAGAUUUUAAAGACUUUUUGAACAAGACAAAAGUCGAAGCUGCGGAAGAUGAGGCACGUGCUAGAGGUGCUGCUUUACGUGCUGCUAAAUCUGUAGAUGAUAUGAAAAAUAAAACUGCCACCGAGGUCGAAGAUAUAAAAAAUGAAGCAGUAGUAGAUGCACAAGAUACUAAAGACAAGAUAAUGAUUGUUGUUAAAGAUGCAAAGGAUAAUAUUGUUACUACAACUCAAAAUGUCAAAGAAAAUGUAAGAUUUGGUACUGAAGAUGCUAAAGAGAAAGUAGUACAUGGAACUCGUGAAAUAAUGGAGAAAACAAUAUAUGAUGUAAAGGAUGUAAAAGGAAAAACAUUGGAAGGAGUCCAGGAUCUUACAAUAAGAACAGCAGCUGAUGUUAACGAUGUCAAAGAUAAAGCUGCUCUUACAGUUUCAGAUGCAAGAGAUAAAAUUCUUUUUGAAAAAGUGAAAGCUUCUGAUAAAAUUGGAAUCAUUGCUCAUGAAGUUAUAGAUGGUUCGAAAGAUGCUGUAGAGAAAGAACUGAAAGAAGAUGCAGAAGUUGUAAAGGGUUCAUUCGUUUCUGCUUCUAGUGUUGCAGAUGAUGUUCAGUCUGCAAAUGAUAACGCUGUAAAGGAAACUAAUAAAGCAAAAGACAAAGCAUCCGGAUUUUUUUCAUAUAUAAUUAAGGGAGCUAAACAUGUAGUUGAAGAUGUUUCUGAAGAUGUAAAAGAAUUCUUAGAAGAAACGAAACCUGAAGCUGCCGAAGAAGAAGUACGUACUAAAAUAACUGCUGCACGUGCUGCUAAGACUGUAGAUGAUGCAAAGGAUAAGACUGUUACAGGCGUAAAAGGCCUGAAAAAAGAAGCAGUGUCAGGAGUACACGAUAUUGAACAAAAGAUCGUCUCCAAUGUUACAUAUGCUAAAGAUAAAAAUUUUGCUAAAAUAGAGGACAUUAAUGAGAAGAUUACUGCUAGUGCGGGUGAUGCUACAUUUAUUAUAGUAGAAGAUACACAGUUAAUUACAAAACAAGCUGUCGGUAACAUGAAAGAUACGAAAGAUAAAUUUAUUGGUGCGGCUAAAGAUGUUAAUGAAAAGACUGAAUCUAGAGUAUCUGAUAUCACACAGAAAGCAGAGGCCGUUACAGUUUCUGCAAAUGAACAAAUUUUCUCUAUCGGAAAACAAAUAUCUGAUAAGAUAGAUUCGGCAGCGCAUGGACUUGUAGAUACGAAAGAUGCGAAGGGAACAGUUUCCAAAGAAAUAGAAGAAAAAGUACAAUCUAAUAAGGAAAUUGCAACUGGUGGUAGUGCUAUUGCUGACAGUGCUAAAGUAGCUAAAGUAGAAAAAACUUCUAAGGAGGCAAAGAAGAUUAAAGAGAAAGGAUCUGGAUUCCUAUCUGGUAUAUUUAAAAAUGCCAAGCAUACAAUAGAAGACGUUACUGAUGAUGUGAAAGAAUUUUUUGAAGAAACCAAAGCUGAAGCUGCAGCUGAAGAGGCGCGAACUAAAGAAGCUGCAGCACAUUCAGUCAAAAUGGCAAAAGACUUAAAAAAUAAAACUGCAGAUGUUGUUGAAGAUACUAAAGCAAGGGCAGUACCCGAAGUAUCUGGCAUUGCAUGCAAAAUUACAAGUAUCAUUUCUUCUGGUAAUAAUCUCCUUCCUAGUGAAUUUGAAGAUAAUCGAAAAAUUAAUGAAAAAUUCGGAGAUAGAACAACUACUACUAUUAGUAGUGAAAUAAUUCCUUCUACAAAAGAGGUUUCUACAACAUUUUCAGAAGGUUAUAUUUUUCCUACGUCCACAGUCGAUCCAAAAUCUAGUGUGAGUACAAUUAGUUCCGUUGUUAGUAGUGGUCAGGAUUUGAUAUCACGAGAUAGAUCGAAAAAGAUUUCACGCAUUCCACAACGUGUUAAUACUUCUCCUGAUGAUAAAACUGAACAAUUAAGUACAAAUUUGGGUUCAGAUAGGGUAGUUGUGAUAUCUAGAGAAUUAGAGCACCUUGAACCUCACACAAGGCAAUCCGUCACCACAGUCGUUACAAAGUCUGUGCGGACGGCAGCAACACCACCACCCAGUCUCGCCGAGUUCACUGACAGUAGAAUCGAAGAUGUAACAGAGGAAGCUGCUAGACGAGCACAAAACCUUGUUCAACAAACAUAUUCUGUAACAAAACCAGACCUGAAGACAUCGGAAUGCGAGAUUGAUAGAAGUUAUAUGAAAGCAGGAAAAUCAGAAAGCGAUGAACGAGACACAUGGACGCAAGCCGGAGUGGCAGAAUACUCGUCCAUUAAUAAUUCCGAGCAAUGGGAGACGCAGCUUUCUUUAGACACAUCACCUGGUUCUGGUAAUGGUGACAUUUAUACAAAAAACGAUAGUUUGCGGCACGAAUUGAACAGCGAUACAGAUAGUGACGGUUCUCCUCGGCCAAGAAGAAGAUCCCCAUGCAAGAGACGUACUUUGGGCAGUUCUAGCGGGUCGGACGUAGCACUGCACGAAGGUGCGGAACUGUCCCCAUUGGAGGACGACCAAGGUACCACAUUCACAGCUAACCUUCUAAAAUCUGACUUUUUGCAACAAAGCGAGCCAACCUUUGUAGAAACAAUAACGACCGAAAUGGAUCCCUUAACGCAGGAAAGAGUAACAAGAACGAUGCAAGUAGUGACGACAACAACGACGAUACCAAUGGCAGGUGGCAUAGCUGUGACGGACGAUUUGCGGGAAUCAAUGCAGAAAAUAGUCGACCAAUUUAUGGCAGAGGAAAGGAAAGGCCAGUAAAGAUGUGAAAGAUGAGAAGCUCGAAAAAAAAUAAUAAUAAUAAUAACAAUAAUAAUAAUAGAAAAAGAAACAGAUUCAAAAAAGAAACAGUCGUCAAAAGAAUAUAAAAUUCCUCUAAGGGAAUAAUAUUUUCUUUUGCGUUGACUUAACGAAGCAUCUGUUCGAACAAAAUACUCCAUUAAAAUUCACUAUCCAAUAAAAUAAAUAAAGCUCUUCAUUCUCGCGACGUUUCCUGAGAAAUAAACAAGGCAUAUACUAUGUAUGUAUUGUAAGACGUUAUAUCGUCACGCCGCUUAUGGCCUACGCUUCGAAUUUGCUUGCCCUUCCGUUCUAUUUCGUUGCCUUAUAUCUUUUGUGUUUGAACUGGUAAUUAUUAUUAAUAAUAUAUGUAUGUAUGUAUAUGUCGUUGCUAGUCCGACUAGCUCUCUGCUAGUCUUCACUAUGCCAACCCGUCCACGUACAACGCCUUCUCUCGUGUUGUUCAAAACAAAAUAAGGAAACGAAUUGUUUUUGCCUUCAAAUAAAAAGUUAUCAAGGCAAAUCAAAGUAUCGAUCGAACAACUAAAAAAUCAUAUUGAAAUUAAAAAACGAAACGAUGAUAAAUGCGUCUUAUUCGAAGACGUCUAUCUGAAACGAACGAUAUGCCAUGGCGAAAGCAAAUAUUAUAUUUAUAAUGUAUAAUGAAAUCUCGAUAAUAUAACGAAAUUAAACGACAGAUUUUACAUUGCGGCUUUGCUAAUUGGUCGCUGGGGAAUCUGCUUUAGCUUUAGAAUGACUGUAAUGUCUAUCUGCGCAAUACAUCGCUUAAUUAGAAUAGUAAACUUUUAUUCAUAUUUCCGACAGUGAAUUUCGCAGAUGAUCUUGUUGUCACUUGCCUCAGAAACAAAUUAAGUGCACAAUAAAUUGUAGGAUCGAUGAGUCGUUUCUGAUUCAAUUGACAACGAGAAACGAAUGUUUUUAUUAAUCGAGGCGCAAUGUAACUGUAAUUUAUUUAAAGAAUAUUUCCUAACAAUUUUUAAUUAUAUAUAUAUAAUAAUUUCUUAGCAUAACUUAUACAAAUGUACUAUUAUACAGUUGUAAUAAUGACAAGAUUAUAACACGAAUAUUUUAUUUAUAUAGCUAAAAAAAGAAGAGAAGAAAUCAUUGGUAUAAUGUUACAUGCGUAAAUUUUGAAAUGAGAGUAAUGUUGUUGGCAAUCUGUCCAUAUGAAUUGUAUAAAAUAUAAAAAAAAAACGAGGCAGCACGAUGAUUAUGAAAAAUAUAUUGUUUAAAUUUAUUAGUUUGAAUUUGUCUCAGUGAAAGUGUUAGCUUUCAAUGUACAACACAAUUAAAAAAAAAAAGUACAGGAAAAAAUAAUAUGUGUAUUAAAAAAAACGUUACGAAUAUGACAUUCGAUUUAUGUAUGAUACAUUGAAAGAUAUAAUUAUUACAUAUACGAAAUUUAUAACUUAUUACUUGUAAUGACUGUUAAACUACAAUUAAUAGACUUGCCUAGAGCCUAUUUGACCUAAGGACCAAAGGCACAAUCACGCGCGCAUGAAAAUGAAUGAAACGCUCCAAUGUAUUGUAACAUUUAGUGUAAUUUCACGAAUGUUGUAAUACUGGUAUUUAAACAUUCUGGGUAAAUCAAACUACUGAUUACAUCGCGAAAGAAUAACUAUUUUCCAUAAUUUAUGUGCAAAAACGCAUUAACAUCUGCUAAGAAAGAAAUGUCUCGUAAAUACAAGAGUGGUAAUUAUAAUAUAAUUACUACAAUUCGGGACGAAAAUUAAACAUAACCCUUUGACGAUAUUCGAUAUUUGGUAUUCAUUCGCGUACGGAAAAGUUAUUAAAAAUAUUUCAACCUUUAGCGAAGAUUAUCCAAUUAUACCAGCAGAUUUUGCGCAACAGCGUAUAAUCAAAAUAAUGGUAAAAACUCCAUAAAUCGGUAAGUUAUAUUAGCAUUAGAUCAAGAGAGACAAAGUUACGUCAAAGGGUUAAUAUCUUCUACUUUGUUAUGCAUUGUUACAGUAAGUUAAAGAGACCAAUCUAUAGUAUAUCAUUAUUUCUUGUAAUAUAUCUUAUAUUACAUGAUAUAUAGGUCUAAGAAGUAUUUAAUUUUCAAUCUCGCAUUAGUAGUUUUCACAGAUCCUAUAAUUUUGUACAGUCCACUUUUUCUGAGUAACAUGACAUGCACGCAAUCAGCAACAGCCAUUUUACUCUGUGCUAUUUACAUAUGUCUUUGCUAUUUAAUAUAUUGUGUUAAGUUAUAAUAUUGUAAUGGCAUUGCACGGCAUUAUAUCAACCAAAAA